AACCAGAUCUGGAAAGUGGGAAAAUAGUGUUUCACUUGAAAUUAAACAAAGUGUUCUUUCGCCACUCGUUGAUAGAACUGGAAAUCAAACUCCCAAAAACCAGAAUUCAAUCAACGAAGAUGAUGAUGAUGACAAUGAUCGUCACUAGAAUCAUUUUCUUGCUCCUGUUUUUGUCACACGCAAUCGCUUAUACACGGUUUAAUCUUUCUCAUUUCAUCUACCCGAAAAUCAGCGACGAAUUUCGCCCUCAACCAUCUCUUUUCCUAAAGGAUAUUCUAGGAGAAAUAUCUGCUACUGAACACUGGAAGUUGGAAGACUUUAGGGUUUCGAAUCUGGAAAUAGAGAAGGUUAAGUUUGGGAAUUUGCAGAGAUACGAGAUUGAGUUUCUGUUAAGGAACAAGAAAGAUUAUAUAUUCAAUUCGGUGGAUAAUGUUUCUUCAUGGAAGAGAUUUAAAGACAAAGAAGGGGAUUUUGAGGUUAUGGCUAAUGAAGUGAGUUCAAAAGCAGUUCUUGGUUCAAUUCAAAUAGAAGGGCCUGUUGAACUACUAGUUUCUGGAGACAAUGAAAUGUCUUUACUACUACCAUGGAACACAUCACAUUCUGGUCUGAAGAGGAUACUUGUUGGAGAAGACAUAACUGUAGAAGUGAAGAAUGCAAAUGAAGUCUCUCUUUUUAAAACAUCAAAUCUUGGACAACAAGCAGAUUCAGAACAUAAUCUUAUUGAUCAUAUCUUUCCAUACAUGACAUGUACACCAUUACUUCCAGUAAGAAUUUCCGGAUCUUCAUCUGUAGUUGCCUUCAGGACUCAAAAUCCAGGUGCACACAUCAGAUCAAAUCUUCUAUCCAAUCAUGUUAUUGAAUUACUACCAGAUAAAUGUUACUCCACACAUACAUAUAAGAAGCAACCAUGUCCUAUUAAAUCAUUGAGGUUGAGGAUAAGAUUGUUGGAAACAGUAUUGAAGAGCUUAUUAGGUGAUAAAAUUGGUUAUGGGGCUAAACUUAAAGCAAAGAUUGAAGCAUCAACUGCUUUUCGUUUUGUGAUUGAAAUAGAAAGGAAAAUUAGGAUGAAUGAUACUCGGUGGAAAACUAUGGAAGAAUGGCGAACAAAGCCUAGUGUUGAGCAUGUAUGGUUUGAUGUAUUGGCAAGAAUUGAAAAUAGGAGGUUAAUGCCAAUAGUUGUUAAGAAAAUGAAGCCUUUUGUUGGAGUAGAUUCAUCUGCAUGGAGUAAUUUGAUGGCAAAUAUGUCUUUUACUAAGUUGUCAUCUGUUCUUGUAGCUCCUGAGGCUCUUACACUUGAUGUGAAUUGGUAGGAAAAUUGUAUUAUGGAAUAACUUUCAUCCUCAGAUUAUAUGUAUUGAGUUACUUGUAAAAAAG